GAACCUCUUAUAUGGAGAAUAAUUGCUUCUCACAUGAACGAAUUAUGGUUUAUUCAGGUGGAUCGAGAGGUUGCAAAAGAAAGAGUUAUUAAGAGGCAUAUUAAAAGUCGCAUUGCCGAAAAUAGAGAACAAGCGGUCAUCAGGGUGGAGAAUAAUGAUAUGAUUAAUGCAGAUUUUAUUUUGAAUAAUAGCAUUCCACCUACUAGAGUUGUGUUUAGCAUUGAGGAGAUCGAACAUGAAAUUUAA